UUGAAGCAACAGAAUAGCAGACAAGCAUGUUUCUAUUUUCGUUCGAUUAUCACGAAUAAUGGUAUAGUUUGUUAAAUUUGUUUCACUAUACAGAAAAUUAUUUUUAUUUAUUAAAAACAAAAGUAUUUAAUACAUUGAUAUUAAAUUAUUAAACAGUGGAAUUGUGUGUGUCCUGUUAAUAAAUAAAUAUUAAAAGGAACAUCAUUUUAAAAUAAAUAUACUAAAUUUAAUACUUGCGUACAAAACAGUAAGAAAUGGCUGGGAAUUCUACAAUUGAUAACCAUUUUCGAAAUUUAAGAAACAUAUUCGCCGCACAAAGAAUUUUUGUAAAUGAUGAAAAUGCAUUUUGUACUUUAGAUACUAUUUCAGAAUCUUUAGCUACUUUAUCAGAGGAAUUGGAUGUCCUUGUCUCAUCGCCUGUAUCUGUAAAUUACGAAGAAUUUAAUUCCUUAGAAUCUUUAACAUCGAUACUUGUUCAAUUAAUUAACGCCUCUUGGAAUCUUGUCCAAAGACAUAGAAUGAUAGAACGAGUUCAUGAAAAACAAAAUGAUGUUUAUCACAAAUUGUCAGUUGACAAUAAUAACUUAGGGAAUCAGAUUAAACGUUUAAAAGAGAACUUAGAAAAGAAAGAACAUUCUAUGAGUGAAGUACAAGAACGAGAAAGAAGACUGAAAGUUAAAUGCGAAAAUCUUACUCGUGAUCUUAAACGUGAACGAGAUGAGGUUCUUAAAUUGAAAAAACAGUUGCAAUCGAAGGAUAGUCAACAUACGCAUGAAUUAAGACGAAUUCAGCAAACCGGACAUAAACUUAAAGAACAACUACAAAAAUCUAUUGGAACUUAUUUACCGAGGGAUAAGGCUUUACAAAAUUUGCAAGCCGAGCAUGAAAAACAGGUGUCCAUACAUCAAGAAACAAUUUCUCACUUGGAGAAAAACAAUUUGCUGAUGUUACAAGAAAUCGCUUAUUUAAAAGAUGCUUUGGAUCUGCAGACCCAUCAGAUUCUACAGGCAAAAAGUUGUAAAGUUUAUCAAGAAGAAGAUGUUGAGGAAAAAUACCGUGACAAAUCAUCUGAAAAACGUCUCCAUUUCAAACAGAAACUUUGAUCUUCGUUAUUUAUUAUUGAAUCGAAGAAACGGUAAAUAUUAAAGAACUAGUAUUUUGCAAGGUUUUUUACUUAAAUAAGAUUUUUUCAAUUAGCGAAUUUCUAGAGUAGCCAAUACAUUAAAAAUACAGUAUUUAAUUUUGUGGUUAAUUGCGAUAAAAAUUGCAAUUUUAAAAAAAUUCAAUUUGUUAUUUUAUAAUCUAAUCUUUAUUACAUAAUUAUUAUUAUUAUUCGAUAAAAAAUUAUGUUUAAAAUUAAAUUUCACUUGUUUAAAAUUUGAUACAAAAAUAUUAGUUAAAACUUAAUACAAUUAUUUUACGGAAUACAAAAAUUAAUUAAAUCUGUAUUAAAAUUGAUUUGAUAUAAAUAUAAAAAUUUUCCUUCGAUUGAAUAUUGUGAUUUUUCGCUUAUCAACCAUAUGGAUGAAAAAAAUGUGCCUUACAAUUAGAAUACUUAACAAUUAACUGAAAUAAAUCUCUAAAAAUUUUAUUCCUUUUUUGUCAGAGUUAAAUUUUUAAGAAUAUUAGUCUAGUUAAUAUGCACCAAAGAUUUUUUCCGUAGGUAUUAAUUAACUGUAAUUUAUGUAGAUAGAUUUAUGAAAGAAAAUGUUUACUCAGGUGAAAAAUUGAUAUUUUUAUAUAUGUCGAAAUAUACACACUGUACAUAUGAAUCAGAAAAUAUUUAUUAAAAAAUUGUUCUAUUUUAUAAAAUAUAAAUAAAAAACAAAGGUGAAAAGUUAGUGAGGUGGAGGGUAAGUCAUUGAUCUUUGCCACCUGAAAGCUGAAACUUGUAAACACUGUCGUAUUAAGUCUUAAGAACAACAGAGUCGGGUACGUGAAAUAAAUGGGCCAACGCAGAAUGAAACCUUUAAUCGUAAAUUUAAGCUUUUACAUGAGGGAGAAUAUGCAAUAAAGACGAGGGCGUAAUGAUCGAGUAGUGUACGGUUCAACUGUAACUGUUUCUGAAUUGGGAUUUUUAGCACAUUUUUGAUAAAGUGUAUACUCGGGCAGUAUGCAGUGUCCUUUUUUUCGCACGGAAAAACAAGGACACUUCAUACUUCCCGAGUAUACACUUUAUCAAGUAUGCGCGAAAAAUCCCAAUUGGGAAACGGCCCUAUCAAAAAUACGCUAAAGGCACCGUCCCAUGACAUCGUGAAACGGCGGCGUAAAAGCGGAAAGCAUGAGAACGAAAGAGAUAGUGAGAUAUGUUCGUCUGUUUCGUUCUCAUGCUUUCCGCUUUUAUGCUGAUUCUACACUCACCUAAAACUGCGGGAGAGGUCCGCAUUUACGUUACGCUUUUUAAAUAUAUAUAGAUAUAGUUAAAUAUGGGAAGCGUGACGGAAAAGCGGACCGCUCGCUCAGUUUUCGGUGAGUGUAGAAUCAGCAUUACGCCGGCGUUUCACGCUGUCAUGGGACGGCGCCUUUACAGUUUGAAAAUUUAUGUACGUCCAUUUUCCUAGUCCUUACUAACAUUUUACUUUUUGUUUUUCUGUAUUUUUUGAAUUUUAAUUAAGUAAAAUUUGUAUCGUAGACAUUUUUAACCUGGGCUGGGAUUCCGAUAAGCGACAGUGCUAUAUAGUACCGCGCUAUAUAGCGCUGGCGCUAUCGCUAUGUAGCGCCGGAAGAUAUUUUAUCAAAAGAAGACAUAUUAAACAAAUUUAAAAAAAAAGCAUUUCAUUUAAUAUUUCUCACUUGCAAGUUAAGAUAGUCAUAUACUACAGAUCAAUAGUCACUUUUUAACCCUUUGGCGGUUUAUGACGUCUAUACUUGUCAUGGAAUAGAUGAUCUGAAACUGCCAAUGACUCUCAAACUAUUUUUUUGACCAAUAAUUAAACGAAAUUGUCCUCAAAUAUAUUAUUCGAGGGUUUUCGGGGUCGCUGAUUCAGAAUCUGAAGUCAGAUUUUCAAAAUCCAAAAUGGCCGAUACAAUAUGGCGGACUUUUUUUCAAAAUUAAUCAUAUUUUGAGCCCCGAAUAACAAUUUUUUAAAAAAUUAAGUACAAUUGAAAUUUUAUUGUUAAAAAAAUUAAGUAAAAUUUUUAUUUUUUUCCGACAUAUAUUCUUAAUUAACAACCUAAAUAACUCCCGAUUAUCUUCGCGAUGGUUUAUUAAAAAACCCUCCAUCUUGACUCAUAUUAUUCAUUUGAACACAUAGCACUCAGUGCUAUGAAGCAUUGCCCUAAUAGCACCAAUGUAUUUGUUUCUAUUCUAGGUAGCAAUUUGACUGAAUGUCGGUGUCAAUUUGCUAUUUCAUAGCACUAGUCGAUUUUGUUUUUUAUUAUACACGUCGGUAUUUAAAAGUUUUUUAAAAAUUGAAACGCUAAGUAAUUAUAAACAUUAUUUACAACAAAUGUGUUUAAUUUUUUUUAAAUUUUGCACUAUAUAGUACAAUGCUCUAUAUAGCGGUGUCUCUUAUCGGAAUCCCACUCCUGAGCAGUUGUUAAAUUACCUGAUACUUAAAAUGAAGUUGCUCAAUAUAAAAUUCUCACUGUUUAUGUAUUGAUUGUAAACAUUACUGUGAAAUAUUUAUACAAUUGUAAUCAAAAUUAGUUAUAAUGAUUGCUUUAAAUUAAUAAAUAUUUGUGCUUUACCUUAUAAA